UCAUCGAUGUUUUUCAGUAGAUCUGGAGAAGUUGAAAAAUUUCCAAACCUUCUCGACGCCGAUUUCAACGAAGAUGGUGAUCCAGACUACAUCAAAUUGAUCUUGACUUCACGAGUGUAUGAUGUUGUGGAAAGGGCAGGAACCCCUCUCACACAUGCCAUCAAUUUGUCCCAUAAGUGCAAUUCAAACAUCUACUUGAAGAGAGAGGAUUUGCUUCCUGUAUUCUCUUUCAAAUUGCGUGGAGCAUAUAAUAUGAUUUCACAUUUGCAUUCUAACUCAAAGAUGCCACUUUCGGGUGUAAUAGCUUGUUCUGCUGGUAACCAUGCUCAAGGUGUAGCUUACUCUGCCAACAGAUUGAAAAUUCCUUCCACUAUAGUUAUGCCUACGGCUACACCUUCUAUCAAGUAUACCAAUGUUUCGAGACUUGGAUCGCAAGUUGUUUUGUAUGGUGACGACUUUGACUCGGCCAAGCAAGAAUGUGCCCGUUUGAGUUCAUUGAACAACUUGACGGAUGUGCCUCCUUUCGACCAUCCCUAUGUCAUCGCUGGCCAGGGUACCAUAGCAUUGGAGAUCACGAGACAGUUGCGCUUGGAUAAGUUGAACGCAUUGUUUGUCCCUGUUGGUGGUGGUGGUCUUAUUGCUGGUGUCGCUGUCUACUUGAAGAAGAUUGCUCCCCAUGUGAAGAUCAUUGGUGUAGAAACAAACGAUGCUGAUGCCUUGUACCAGUCGCUCAAGGCUAAAAAGCUGGUGGUACUUGACCAAGUUGGUAUGUUUGCUGACGGAACUGCUGUCAAGGUCUUAGGUAAAGAAACCUGGAGACUCUGUGAAAACUUAGUAGACGAAGUCGUUAAGGUUUCUACUGAUGAGUUGUGUGCAGCAAUCAAGGAUAUCUUUGAAGACACAAGACUGAUUACUGAACCAUCCGGAGCCUUGUCUGUAGCCGGCUUGAAGAAGUACAUUGAACAAAAUCCAGACAUUGACCACAGAAACAAGUUCUAUGUGCCCAUCUUGAGUGGUGCCAAUAUGAACUUCGACAGAUUGAGAUUCGUCAGCGAGAGAGCUGUUCUCGGUGAAGGUAAAGAAGUUUCGUUGGUGGUUACUAUUCCUGAAAAGCCUGGUGAAUUCGCCAAGUUGCAAAGUAUCAUCAAUCCUAGAGCCAUUACAGAAUUCUCGUACAGGUGUAAUGGUGCUGAUGCCAACAUCUUUGUUUCCUUCAAUGUUAUUGACAAAAAGAAGGAAUUAACCCCAAUUAUUGAAGACAUGAACAACAAUGAACAUGGAUACGAAGUAGUUGAUAUCUCUGACAAUGAAUUAGCCAAGACCCAUGGUCGUUAUUUGGUCGGCGGUAAGUCCUCUGAAGAAGUUGCCAAUGAAAGAUUAUACAGUUUCGAAUUUCCAGAAAAGCCUGGAGCCUUAUUCAACUUCUUACAAGCUUUGAAGGCUGAUUGGAACAUUACUUUGUUUCAUUACAGAAAUCACGGGCACGACAUCGGCAAGGUUUUGUGUGGUUUUACGCUUCCUGAAGGAACAGAUGACGCAGAUUUCCAGUCCUUCUUGAAUGAACUUGGAUACAAGUUCAAUGUUGAAAAUGACAACGUUGUCUAUAAGAAGUUCUUGAGAAGCUGAUUAAUCUCUGCAUUAAUUGAAAAAGAAAAUCAAAAAAGUUGGUGGUAAUAUACAUUUCAGUUU